UGGUUAUUUGCAAACAUAAAAUAUAAUUUUACCCUUGAUUAAAAAAAAAACACCCUCUCUCCUCAGAAAUGGUUUAAAAGAACCCCCUCCCUCUCCCCCCGGGUCAGUGGCUUUGUAACUCUGUAAUUUUCUGAGGUAACGAGGGUCAGUCUCUUUGAUUUCUUGUCGCAGAGCCGGCUUUUUGCGGCGAGUGAGGAGAUCCAGCGGAUCUAUUUAUUUCUCUGUCUCUUCGCCAUAUAUUAGCCGCUAUUUUUUUUUCUCUUACCCCCCCCCCAAAAAAAAAUUAUUUUGUCGGUUCAAGUCUCUGCUCCUUUGCGAAAGUGAGUGAGGAGGAAAGAAAAAAGGAGGAAUUUUCUCUCACCGGCAUCAAAGGAAUAAAAACCCUCGGAGAAACCUCCCCGACAAUGAGUGAACAAAGCAUAUGCCAGGCGCGGGCUGCUGUUAUGGUGUACGAUGAUGGCAAUAAGAAGUGGGUACCAGCUGGUGGAGCAACCGGAUUCAGUAGAGUACAUAUUUACCACCACACGGGCAACAACACGUUCCGAGUGGUGGGGAGAAAAAUUCAGGACCAUCAGGUGGUGAUAAACUGUGCCAUUCCGAAGGGGCUGAAAUACAACCAGGCCACACAGACCUUUCAUCAGUGGCGAGAUGCCAGGCAGGUGUAUGGUCUGAACUUUGGCAGCAAAGAAGAUGCCAAUGUGUUUGCAAGUGCCAUGAUGCAUGCCUUGGAAGUGCUAAAUUCCCAAGACUCAGGUCCAACAUUAUCACGACAAAAUUCACAACUGUUUCCACAAGUGCAGAAUGGACCAUGCCAGGAGGAACUGGAAAUUCAGAGGCGGCAACUGCAAGAGCAGCAACGCCAGAAGGAAUUGGAAAGAGAACGCCUGGAGCGUGAGAGGAUGGAACGUGAGAGAUUGGAAAGAGAGAGGCUUGAACAAGAACAGGUGGAACGUGAAAAGCAGGAGAGAGAAAAACAUGAGCGUAUGGAGCAAGAAAGACAAGAACGUGAAAGGCAAGAACGAGAGGAACUGGAACGACAAGAAAGGGAACGACAAGAACAGCUCGAGAGAGAGCAGCUGGAGUGGGAGUUGGAACGAAGGAUGUCAUCUGCUGCCUCAUCUUUCGAAUACAACACACCACCUCCUGAAUACAGUAGCUGUCAGCCCCCAUCAAUCCCUCCCCCACCUUACACAAAAGCUGUGUCUGCUGCCCCUGUCUCAUCAUUCACUCCUUCCUCAUCUGAUUCUGUCUCGGAGUAUGCAUCAUUAGCUUCAUCUAAUUCCACUCCUCCAACCCCACCUUUACGUCACUCAGCAUCUCGCUUUGCUACUUCACUUGGUUCUGCCUUCCAUCCUGUCUUACCCCAUUAUGCAACUGUCCCCCGCCCUGUCCACAGAACCCCUGGACCGCCAUCUCCCAUCAGUGCUCCUCCAUCUCUUCCCUCAGUCCCCAAACCAGUGGUCUGGUCUGCCACUAAUUUUUCUCCUCUUCCACCUUCCCCACCUGUGGUUAUAAGCAGUCCACCUGCCAAAGCCACAGGUCCUCGAGCAGUUCUUCCUGUCCCAACUCCCAUCCAAAUUCAGAGACCGCCAUCACCUACUGGCUUUAAUGGUCCACCAGAUAUUUUACCCCAACAAGCCCCAAAUCCUGUCCAAGCUGCACCCCCACCACCUCCGCCUCCUCCGCCUCCUCGUCCUCCAUCUCAUUUGCCACUCUCAGUGACAUCCUCUCACACCACUCCUGCAUUAUCAAACACCAUUGUCCCUGUGUCUCAGCCUCCUGUGCCACCUCCUCCCUCUGCAGUCACUCCUACCUCCCCCAAGCUGCCUGCCUCUGAGAACUCUCACUCUCGGCUGGGAGACUCCUCGGCUCCUGAGCCAAUCACCCAGGCACCCCCUCAGCUGGCUGAACCUACAAUUCUACAGGGUAUUGGCCCAGCAAACGACGGUAUCCAAGGACCACCGCUCCCUCCACCUGCACCCCCUCUUCCUCCUGGACCAUCACAGCAACCAGCAUCAGGUCCACCGUUGCCACCAGGUCCACCACCUGCACCUCCACUGCCAGUGUCAGGACCCCCUCCUCCACCUGGACCACCACCUCUCCUUCCAGGGCAAGCCUUACCUCCUGUUCCACCUCCCCCUCCUGCCCCACCUCUUCCCUCCUCAGGUUUUUCAUCAUCCAUGACUGAAGAUGAUCGUCCGCUGACUGGAUUGGCAGCUGCAUUGGCUGGAGCUAAACUCAGAAAAGUGGGACGUACUGAUGAAGCUUCAAGUUCUGCAAUGGGCAGCAUUAGUUCAGUCCCCACUUCUUCUAAAUCUGAGUCUUCACGGGGUAAUGGAGCCCCAAUUUCUAUAGGAGGUACUGGUCUGAUGGAAGAAAUGAGUGCCCUGCUGGCCAGGAGGAGAAGGAUUGCUGAAAAGGGUUCAGUUCCUGAGCCAGACCCAAAAGAGGAGAAAAAUGAAGAAUCUGAAUCUUCUAGUAUGAAGGGCCCAACUGCAUCAAACACAUCAGAGACGACUAGAAAGCCUUGGGAAAGAUCAAGCACUGUAAAUGGCAACAAAUCCCCAGUAAUAUCCAGAAGCAAAUCUACAUCAAGUGGUCCACCCAAUGCCAAUGGUGUGCAGACAGAAAUCCUGGAUUAUGACAGAUUGAAACAGGAUAUCUUGGAAGAAAUGAGGAAAGAACUUCAGAAACUAAAAGAGGAGCUCAUCAAUGCAAUCAGACAGGAACUGAGCAAAUCCAACAAUGCGUAGAUAACGUGGUGAAUGGAAUUGACCCUUUUAUUAACAAGUGAUGACUAAUGACAGUGAGAGGGAGAUGAGAAAAUGACAAGACACCCAGCAAAGAACGGGAGGACUGAAGGGAGGAAGGAGCACUCUCCCAUGUGCUGCAUUUGGAGAUUUUGCAGGCAGCCUCAUCACACCGUCGUGCUUUUCUUUUUUUUUUCCCCCUCACUGCUUGCCGCUUUUUCUGACUCUGUUCUUGGAGGAAGAGAGUCCUCUUACUGUAAUAUUAUGCAAAGAUUCUUACAAGUCUGUCGAAAUCGAAUCACAGUGUGCUGAAAAGUCACGUAAAUUGAAAGAAAAAAUUUGCACAACAAUUGUGUUUCUUUUGGUUUUUCCUCUAGGAGGUGGGUUAUAAUUUGAGCACAAAUCUUGGAGACAGCUAACUAUAGAGCGGUUGUGCUGCACUUCCCAGUAGUGUGGCCCUGACUCAAUGUAAUGACGCAGUUUAUACACAUAGGAAGAUGCAUUGGUUAUAAGAGCCUGGCAGAAUGGUGUGUGCUCUAUAGUAAGGGUAUCCUGGAAUUAUCUGUUAUUUUUCUAAUAUUCAAAGCAAUGGCAGUUCACAGGGUUUAAGGAUACAGAGAUGCCUUCCUUAGUUUAUUAUUGUGAUAAUGCUUUACCAAAUCAAAGAUUUGUCUGUCAAUCCAAUCAAUAAUGUAAGUUAAUCAGUGCAGUGUCUGUAAUUGUUUUUCCCCUGAUUUUGCGCAUGUUGAGAUGUAAUUCUUUAUAUCAAAAUCAGCUGUAAACUGAUAUUUUAUUCCAUUUUACCUGAGCAAUAGUCAGUCAUGUUAAUUUGCCAUCCAGUUGCCUUUUUAAAUGUAGGAAGCGGGGCAAGGUUGGGGCUGAGUAGUCACAUCUGUAUAUUCUUUUAAACAUGGUACAGCUCUACACACAUUUAGAUUUUCCUUUCAGUUUUCAUUAAGUAUUUGUAAUUAGUGGAAAAGAAACACUUUCUGAAUGUCUUUUGUUCAUUUACUUAUGUUUGACCAAAUGGAUGUGACCCAAAGCAGAGGUGCAAGGGUGUCAUUAAUCCCUUCAUUUCUAUCCUUUGGGUGGUGUCCUGAACCUUGACCCCCUUAGUAGCUGCAAGUUCAAACAGCAUCAUUCUCACAUUGUCAGUUGCAGCUAAGAUGGGGUAUUUCGUCAGCAGUUUAGAAAACAUGUGAAGCACGUAAGUUUGAUAGCAGACACCCAAGAUCCCAAAUGCACCAUCGUUUAAGUUGCUCAGCUGCCUUUGACUUGCCAUUUAGUUUUUCUGGAGCCAAAAUCCUGGACUGGGGGAAGUUAAAAGUUCACUUGACUUUCUACAGGCAUGGGUUGGGGUGACUGGGGUGACAGGGAGGGUAUUACAAAUCAACUGGCCUCUGCCCUAGUAAAGCCAGAGUAGGGAUGAAUCACAAGUCUUCCGCCAAAUCCCCCAACCCCCAUGCAGUUGUUUCUGGGCUACCAGAAGAGUUCUGUUCCACACAUCAUUGUAGACCCGGUGGAAGUCAUGCUUGUUGAUGGUGAUCAUUGGUUUCUUACUCAGCCUUGCAAAGACCGCAAACAAUUGAAAAACAAGUUGAUCCCAAAAGGGGUUGAUUAUUUCAAUAGCUUGGCUUUUUAGUCUGAUAUGGACCUCCAGCUUUCCCGGUUGGAGUGGCAGGGUGCCACUCUGAUAAGCUGACACUUCUUUGAGGUGGGAGCCUCUACAGGCACAAGCCACGAGCAUCAACUAUUUAAAUUGUAUUAGUCUGUGCUAUUUGGGAUGGCACCAACCCCAGAGCAUAGUGGCAGCUGGCAGUGGAGCAGUGAUCUGAAAUUUAAGGUCCUUUACAUUUAGUAACUUUUUGAAACUGGUCAUUUUUCCACUGUAGAUAGCCAUGAGCACUUGGGCUGGCUCCCAGCAUCACCUGUCUCUAGUAAUCUCCCAUCAUUUAUAUGCCAUGUGGCCAUGUUUCCACAACUGGAUUCUAAUUGUUAAAUGAUGGGCUUACUGUUUCACAAGCAGAAUUGCUUCAGGCAUGUGCAUAGACAUCCAAAUGAAAUUCAUUUUCCUUAUCCAGUGUGGAAAUCAUGAACAGGGUGCUUCAAUAUUAUUUUAUGUCCUCCAAUGAAACUGCUGCUUUUUGGCCUAUCCCAAACUGAAAUCCAGUGUCAGCUACAAUUUUGAGCCAGAAGCUUUCUGGUUAAAACUGUCAAUGUGCUUUACAAUUUUUAGUCCAAAAAGGUGAUUGUCAAUUUCUAAAACAAAAUUGCAUAAACAUCAAUAGAAAAGCUUAUCAAGUGUUUGGUUCAUAUCUUGUCCUCAAGGUCCACUUAAUGACCCUGUUGAUCAUUGAUGUAUAGAUAAUCACCAGUGUAGCUCCCAGUCCUAGUCAGCUGUUGAAUUGUGGGAGUGCGGGUUAUAUCUGUUGUCUAGGUAAUGCUGAACUCAUGGGAUCCGAUGAAAGUUCUACAAAAUUAAACUUGGAUAAAUAAUAAUUAAAUAUCUACCAUGGAGAAGAUGAUUUGAUUGCUCUGUUACUGUUUGUAGGGUGAUCAUUAACCACUUAUUUACAAAGUGAUCAUGGAGGUUUUUUUAACUGUGAUCUUCAGAUGGAUAAAAGCUACCGUCAGAACAAAACCAAGCACCCUUUUUUUAAAUUAAACAUCAUUUAGUUUUUUUAUAGGGUGAGAUUUUUUUCCUUUGAGAUGUUCAUUGUGUCUUCCCGUGUUUCAUCCCCAAAUACUCACAGAUUACAAGGAAAUUCAGAAGAAUGUCAUGGUGGUGUUGGGGGGAUCAUCUUCCUUGAAUAAUUUCCUCUGUGCCCUAACUACAAAAGAGGUGCUUGACAUCUGCAUGUUGUCUACCCACAACUGGGACCAGUAACUCCAUGUAGAGGAGGACCUUGACCAUAAUCAUAUGCCCUACCACUGUGAGAACUGGCACAGAGGAGUUUCCAUGCGCAACAUCAGCUAAUGUUUAGAGUGUGAAUCAACUCCUCACCAAAUGAUGUGCAAAACUUAUUCAACUGGUUAAAAAUAUCUUGGAAGACUCAUUGAUCAUUCCAUACCCCUAAGUUAUCUAAUUUUCCCCACUUGUGGAAAGAAUGUUGCAGUUUGAAGUUCCCAUUCAAUAUUCCGUAGGAGCAGGAAUCAAGGCACUGGCACAUGACCACUUUAAGUCUCAACUAUCUCAAAUAUAUUUUCAAGUCAGUAGUUCAGCUGAAAAACUUAAAGUUCCUACGAGGUGGCAAGAUUAGGGCUGGGAUUUUCCGACCCCAUUGUGGUGGGAUCCGCCACAGGAGAUUCGGCAGCGCAGCCAGAAGUCCAUUGACUUUCGACAGGACUGGAUGAUCCUGGUGGUGGGCAGGGCCAGAAAAUCUCACCCUAGGGAUCAUUUUGUUAAGAAAUUGUGCAUGCAGCUGUACAUUCAGUGAGGAGAAGGAUCAUUGUACCUGAAACACCAGACCUAUCUGUAGAAAAUCUUUUUCAAAAAUAGUUCUACUUCAUAUUUUGGUGGAGUUUAUUUUUUAAAAAAACACUGCUGGGUGGCUGAAAUAAUUUGCGAUGUAGUUGGUUUUUCUUCCACAUCUGUCUCCUCCCAUAUCUUAGUGUCAACAUUGUCAGCUGAUGUCAACUAGGCAUCUGUCAAGAUUGCAGCUAGAUCCUGAUAGACACACAAUUACUUGGAGAAAUGUUCUCCAAGAUCAGGUUUGUCCUGGUCUUGCAGGAUUUUUGAUAUUAGGAUGGUAUUUUAAGUUAUUCCAAGUGUUAUCCAGGCCUUUUUAUAUUACUAGGUGUAAGUGUAUUGAAUUAACAUGCCGCACAGUCUUUAAGAAAAAGGUACUAAUUUAAACAGUUUACACUUAAUUUACUUGAAUCUCCUGUUCAUGUAUUGGUAGAUGAAAAUGAACAGUUGGGCAAUAGGACAGCCAGAGGCUAUUUUCCAGCGAUGACCAACCGAACAUUGGCUGCUGGUUGAAGUAAUUUUUUCCCCCAUCUUUACACCUGGGAAAUUUGUUUUAUCCUUUAACUUGGGAUUUUUUGCUCUUUAUUUUGAGAAACUGCUACUCCUUCAGUAAAAAUGUUGAUGAAACUUCCAAUCGUCUUCUAAAUCUUCUCAUGGUGAAUAAGGACAAUUCUAUAUAACCAUAAUUUGAAUAGCCUUAUCAAAAUUUGAAGAUUUUUACCAUUAGACUUCAUUUUAGGAUUACUUUUCCCCAAUUAUGCAAAUGAAGUAUUGCUGAAGAAAAGGGAAAUAUAAAGAUGUAACUUUUGUGCUGGAGGCAGAUAGAUAGUGGCACAGUUCUGUAUCUGGAAAUUAUAGGCUGUUUGGCCAAACAAAUGUUGGUGUUCAUACUUCACUUGAGCAAUGGUCUUAAUCCUGUGUGUUCCACUCUGGUAGUACAUCCCACAGCCUCAACAACAAAAAAGAUUUUUGUACUCUGUCCUAAAUCCCAAAGGAGGUAUAAGACUCCCUGGGAUCUCAAUAAAAUGUAACAGUGGGCUGCUGCUCAGCAUGUGGUAUACUUGCUUUCUUUUCCAUUUACAUGUUUCUUUUAACCAUGUCAGUUGUUUCUGCCAUUGAAACAAAUGGAGGCAGAGUUUUACGAACAUGAUUAGUGGGACUGAAACCCCUCUUUAAUCAGCAGCUUCAACUUAUUGUGCAGUAGAUGUAGCUCUGCUGUAAUAUUAGUAUGAAAAAGUUAUCCUUUGCAAAUGUAGCUUGGAGGCUAUAUGAGUUGGAAUAUAUGUUCCAGUCAAUGUUCAAUGUUAGACAAGCUAUCUGCCUCCACGCUAUCACAUUGGGAAUUUAACUUUCUUGUGGAGCUGUUGGUCAGUGGUGAAUUUCAUAUUACUCUUUGUCAUUAUUGGAUGAGAGGCUUCUAGAAAGUGUAUUUCAGAUCUGCUAAAAAUCAAAAUAACAGUUCUGUGAUGAAAUAUACAACAAACUAUUAACUACAGUUUAAAACCAAUGUCCGAAAAUCAAAUGUUUACCUGUACAGAGGUACAAAUAUUAAUGGAUAAUAAUGGAUACUACUAAAUACUUUGGUAGUUUUGUAACUUCUGUUUUAAAAGUUGAGACUUGUUCAAAAUCAGCCUUAUUUUACUGUGUCGGAAACUAUGUUGGUCCUUGAGCAAUGCAUGAGUUCAAUAUUCAUAAGUUUCUUGAGGAUACUUGCACUUUGUUGGAUGCCCUCUACAGGUUUUCCUGAGGGAUACCUUCACUGAGAUCAGUGUGCUGAGUUUCCUGCAGGCACUCCCUGAAUUUGAGACUUUUGGUUUGAGUGACAUAAAUUGGAUUGGGGAAUGUUGUGGAUUUAAUAUACUAUAUUUGCCUCUCUUUAAAAGGUGCAUCUUACAUAAGCGUUCAGGAAAGCUGCCACCUACUUAAUUUACAUAAGUCCAAAAUUAGUAGUUUUUUAAUUGUGCUGGUUUCAUGAGGGUUUUUAAAAAAGAAAUAUGCAAAAUGAAAUGCAGUGAAAAUGUUACAACAAAUUUUCAGCAGUAUGUACACUUAUUUCCAUAGAAAUGACAGAAAUAAGACAUCUACAUUCAACAGUUGACCAAAUAUAUGUAUGUGUGUGCGUGUGUGUUCAAAGAAGGCUACAGUAGAGGAUUAAAAUAAGCGUGCUUUUUUUCAUUGCAAGUCCUGUACAUAAAGGAGAAGUGGAGACAAUUAUUUCUCAAUAAAGUGCAUUUUAAACGAGCUUCAAAUGUCUACUUAGCCCCAGCUUUGUAUCAUAUGAUGAAUGAGAAUUAGCAUAUCCCACAAUAAAUAACAAAUUAAGUAUUUUAAAAGUUCAUAAGCUCAGUCCCUCAAUCUGGAUUGUAUGAGAAAACCGGUGUCUGCUGUGAAAAGAAUUUUUCUUCUUUAUCUAUCUCUUGUAAUCAAAUGAAAUGAAUGUCUGUAUUAAGAGUAAAGUGCUGGUGCUGGAACCUGGCUUGAGUCCUUAUAUCAUGAUAAUGUUCAGCAGUUUGUACUAGCAAGUAUUGUGUUUUUUAAGUUGCAUUUUGCCUUUAGAUGUUGUGCAGGUGAAUGUCAGUUCUUUUUAAAAAGUACAGGUCACCAUAGAGAUGAGAAUAGCCUUCGACAGAUCCCCCUUCUCUCUCUGGUGGUUAUUAUAGAAUCAUCAAUCAACUGCAACUGAGGCAGUCACAAGCUGUCUCAUUACAACGUUCUAGGACAGUACUGCUGAUACCAGACUUCACAGUGAAAGUUGUGAUCCAGGCCUGUCUCCACGUCAAAACUAGAGUUCAUGGUAGGGAAAAGCCCAAUGGGAUUGCCCAGCAGGUACAUCUAUAAAGCAGAGCUAUGUCAGGACCCCGGUACAUAAAUUUCAUCUGCAGACAUAAAUAUGGAAAGUGAAUUAUUUUGAUUCAACUACUUCCUUUUAUGCAGUGUAAACAAGGUUUCUGUCUCCGGCAUGUCUCCAGAUGUUGACUGCUCUUAUUCCUCAUCUCUAACACAAAUGGGAUUUGUUUGGGACUAUUUUUAUUUUUUUUGGUUGCCAAAUUUAUUUGCACAGACUUCUAUUGGUAACUGUCUUGUCAGAAGAGCUUAAAAAUGUUUUUUCCUUUUCUGGUGGAAUGAACGAAAUUUAUCAACAGAUUUGUCCAAUUCUCACGCUUCUAAAUCAAUCUUUUUGAUUUCCAAUUUGUUGCAAUUCUAUUUCUAUCAUGUUAUGUUACAUUUUAAAAUUUCUUACAUGCAAUUUUUUGAGCGAAUGGAAUAAAAAUCAACAUUAGAUCUUGA